CACCAUUCUGCCCAACUGCAUGCCAGGACGCUGAGGAGCUUUCCCUCCCGGGCUGGUUGUACUUUAUUGGCGUCGUAUUCACUUCUGUGUUUGUUGUUUUACUGGAUAGUUUAUGUCUUUACUUUUUGUCGUUCCUUUACCCAACUACGACUAAGCUGCGGUUCCCGCCCGUCCCACUUUUGCUUGCUCCGCGCUCGAGUGCCAUCGUCAUUGCUGGUAACGACCGUGGCUUCCACCUAGCCUGGAAUCCCAUUCCGAUCGAUCAUUUCGACCUGUGCUUGACCUGAUUAGCCCUCACCGUGAGCAAUCGUGUGUUUGGGGCAUUUUCGACUCACUCCGCCAUUGUUCCUCUGCAGAGACAGCCCAGCUACUGCCUGACUGUGGAGCCUGUCCUGUCCUGCACUGCUCUUGGUGGGAUAGUUCAACUGUCUCCUGCCCGAGCAUAUGGCAGAUAACAAGCGCCACAGCGUGGGAGUAAGAACAUCUGCACAGGGAUCGUCUGGUGCAACUGCAGGCCAGGGAAUGGCUGGUGCCAUGGUGCCUUUGGAGGUGGCAUUGAGCCGUGCAAUUGGCGCACGUGUUCGUAUCAGUACAUCUCCGGUCGCCUCCACCAUUGAGGGAACUCUGUUCACAGCCUGUCCGGUCACAAACCUCGUUGCCAUCAAUACUGCCGAAGAAGGCAAGUCACAGACCGGCGAUUACCACGUCAUCCCGGUGUCGCGCAUACAAUCCUUCCAAGUUCUUUCUUUGUCUCCGUCCAACACCGAUGGGGCUUCUUUCUCUGAUGCCGUACCGCCUUUGCACGCACUUGAUAUUCGCGCUCUGAAGGCGCGGGAGGCCGCUGCUGUCGGCAAGCUGCAGGAAGGUGAAGCACGUCGAGGCAAGGGAGUCACCAAGGAGGCACAGGAUCUCUUUGACGCAUUCAGUCGCACAAUGCCGGCCCGGUGGGAUGGAACCAAGAUCAUCGUAGCCGAUGCCGUCUCCAUUGCGGCUCCUUACCGCCCCGACGACUGCCGGCCGCUUGUGGCGGGUGACACGGCUGCUCUUGCCCGAGUACGCAUGGUGCUUGAGAUGGAGCGUAAGAAGAUUGAACUGCGCAACGCGAGUGCAACUAUUGGAGCCGGUGCUGCUGGACAACGUAAAGGGGGCUGAAUACCACUUCCUAAAUUUUUUUUACC